AUGCCCCCCUCCCCAUCACCUUUAUAUAAAUAGAGACAGCUCUUUUGUGUUAUCUGUACUGAUGGGAAAUGUUUAGACUGUGAAGCAGCUUGUCCUCGGGUUUAUUUAGCAAACCCUGUAACAUUUUCCAGAUAAAUCUGUUUCAGGCUGCGACUCAGACUUUGGCAGAACUCGUCCUCUUCUCAACAUUCGUGUGACCGUGACCCAGCUAACCAUGAGCAAUAACUACAGCGUGACCCUGAUCGGACCUUCACCCUGGGGCUUUAGACUUCAGGGUGGGAAAGACUUCAGUAUGCCCCUCACCAUCUCCAAACUUACAGAUGGAGGAAAGGCGGCUAAAGCUAAAAUCAGUGUGGGUGACACUGUGCUUUCUAUCGAUGGGAUCGCCACUAAUGCCAUGACACAUCUGGAGGCCCAAAAUAAAAUUAAAGCCUGUACGGGAAACCUCAGCCUGUCACUGAUGAGAUCUUCCGGUGGUUCAAAGGAGGAACCACUGGAGAUUAUAAAACCUGUGCCCAUCAGCCAACCAUCUGCACCCAGCACAACCUCCACCAGCUCUGCCAACCUCACCCCGGGCAGCAACCCCUACAAUAAAACCGCACGGCCCUUCGGAGGAGCCGCUAGUACUGUGAGAUCAGUCAGCCCGUCCUUGAGUCCCACGCCUCCCAUGGCACCCAAAGCCUCCAUCCCCUCGGCCACCUCCGCUUUUACGCCAGCAGCUCCGUCUCAGCAGCCUCCCCAGCCUCCCUUUCCUCUGGGAGGAGGAACCGGACGUUCGCUGCCCUCAUCUAGCUCCGCCCCUAAGCCCGCUUCUGGACAAUACCCCUUUGCCAAUACCUCCUCUACUUCCUCCUCCGGCUCCUCCUCCCCAGCGAGAGUGACAGCUCCCUCCUCUGUCCCGACCGCCCCUCAGCCCUCGGUCUAUAACACGCCCUUCAGCCUCUACUCCAAUGAGAACGCCUGUGAGGUGGCCAUGGGUCAAAGGCGGGGUCUUCUGGAGAGCAGAGGGGAACAACUUAAUGGGACUGCACGUAAACCUGUCAUGGAAACCGAGGUGAAUCAUGUGUCUCCUGCGAGUGAUGCAAGUAAAAAGCGUCUGAUCGAGGACACGGAGGACUGGCAUCCACGCACAGGAACAUCACAGUCUCGAUCCUUCAGGAUCCUGGCACAGAUCACAGGAACAGAGAACGAUCAAGCCCAGGAGAACCGGCCCGGAAAGAAGGAGGAAACCGUAGAUGUUCAGCCCAGCGCUCAUCUGACAUCUUCAGUGAAAACCAUGACUAAAACUCCUGCUGGAGCUCCUCGACAGGGCAACGGAGUCCCAUCGACUACAACCAAAAACUGGCAGUCUGGAAACACUGCAGGAUUUCCCAAAGCAGGUGCACCUGUGCCACAGACGGGCCCCUCGUUCGGACGGGUGACCAACAGCAAUCAGAAAAGCCCGAAUCCUCCUGUGCCUAAAGCUAACCCCAAAGACGGAGAGGAUACACUGGUACAAAGAGCCGAACAUAUGCCAGCGGACACGCGCACGCCCAUGUGUGCCCACUGUAACACCAUCAUCAGGGGUCCGUUCCUGGUAGCCAUGGGUAAAUCCUGGCAUAAGGAUGAGUUUUCCUGUGCUCACUGUCACUCCUCACUGGCGGAUUUGGGAUUUGUAGAAGAACGAGGGUCUGUCUUCUGUGAGAACUGUUAUGAGCAGUUCUUUGCCCCCGAGUGCUGUCGCUGUCAACAAAAGAUUUUAGGGGAAGUCAUCAAUGCCCUGAAGCAAACCUGGCACGUUUACUGUUUCCUGUGUGCCUCCUGCCAGAGGCCAAUCCGUAACAACACCUUUCACCUGGAGGACGGACAGCCGUACUGUGAGACAGAUUACUACACUCUCUUUGGCACCAGCUGUCACGGCUGUGAUUUCCCCAUUGAAGCUGGUGAUAAAUUCUUAGAGGCGUUGGGCUUCACCUGGCACGACACCUGUUUCGUCUGUUCGGUCUGCACUGAGAGUUUAGAGGGUCAAGCCUUCUUCUCCAAGAAAGACAAGCCCUUGUGCAAGAAACACGCUCACACCGUCCAAUUCUGAACACACGUCUGUUGUACGAUAGCCAAUGAAAAUAGAUGGAGAACAAGCUGAUUGUGGUGUCAAGAAUUGACAUUUGAGAUUUAUUUGGCUAUGUUAAUGCGAAAUAAAUAAAAAAUUCAAUGUGCGUUUAUGAAAACAACUCAACAGCAAAAGCAAUUUUAGAGAAAUCUGAUAAGAUAGAUCACAUUCUGACAGAUCCUAAAUCAGUUUUUCAUGUACUUCCUAAAUGAGGUAUCGACCUUCCUUCAUAACAGUUUUAAAACCCCUUAACUGGCACUUAGUGGGACACCUGAGUUUACUUCAAUGUUUUGCAUGUAAAUUUUAAUCAUGACAAACUAUAUACACUUCAAAAAAACGCCUUUCUUACUUAGUAUUUUUGUCUUGUUUUCAGUACAAAUAUUUAAAAAUUCUUAAAUAGAGAUGUAUUUUCUUGAUGAGCAAAAUGACAUGAAAAUAAGGCAAAAGUUUUGAAAUGACAAUAAAAUAUUUUCUUUCUUAGUAUUUUUGUCUUGUUAACAGUACAAUUAUCUAAUAAUCUUAAAUCAAGAUGAAUUUUCUUCAAUUGACCUAAGAAAAUUAGUUUUCAAUUUAAGUGAAUUUGUGCUUAAAGCAAGCAAAAACAAAAAUCUGCCAAUGGGGUAAGAAAAAAAUCUUGAAAUAAGUUUACUUUUUUAAACACUUAAUUUUUUUGUUUGUUUUAAGCACAAAUGACUGAAAACUGGACAAAAAUACUAAGAAAUGUAAUUUUGCGGUGUAAGAAUGUAGUUUUCAUAUUUCAAAACCUUUUAGCAGUAAUAAUAAUGCAGUGACAGUCAUUUAUUAAUUUGAGUAUGCAGCAAACCAAUGACACCUAGUGGCUGUUGUAUGUAAAGCCACUAUAAGUGUAAUCCAAACCUCAAUUUUGUGAUAAGUGUAUGUAUUAAAUAUAUACGUUAUUGCCUUAUUUAUUUUUUUUACAAUAGAUGUAAACUGCUAUAAGAAGAGUUAUUUAAUAUUUUCCCCUCCAGACACUUCAAGGAGUCUUCCUAAAAACAAGACCAAGAUUAGGCCAAAACAAUGCCAGAGUUAAAUUAAUUUGAAGGGGUACAUCACCCCCCACACACUCAAAAGGGCUGCACCAGUUAAGGGGUUUAAUGGUCCAUUAAGUUACACUGUGGAUGUGUCUUUAUUCUGGGUGACUAUAAUGUGAUUUAAAGUUUGAUUGAGAAUACACAUUGCCAUAAGAGAAAAUAAUGUCAGUCUAUCUGUUAUCUGCAUUACAGAAGUUGUUAUUCUAUUUUACACAUGUAUUUAAAAGAGGCUAUGAGUUCAUAAUAUAUUUUUCAAACGUCGCACAUGAAUGACCUGCAGACUGUAAGAUGAAUGGAAGUUUGUUACUGUAUAUCAGCCAGCGCUCCUCUCCUGCUGCUGUUAUUUAUUAGAUCAGGACUUUUGAUUUCUGGGCUUUUCAUGGGCUUUGCACAUAUUUCAUAGCACGGCUUUAAGAUGAACAGUGAUAUUUAAUGUUUUUUUUAUGUGGGCUCUGAUGAUCUUUAUGGGUUGAUUCAGUGUUUGGUUUAUAUUGUUUAAUGGUCAGUCUCAUAAUGGGCUUCAGCUUUAUUUGUGCCUGUGUGAUCAUGUAAAGAGAUAAACGUAUGUUAGUCAUUCCGACAGCUGUUAUCAUGUUUUAGAACUAUAGUUUUAAUCUAAUAAGGGGGUUGAUGGUUCAUGAACUUUUUUUAAGCUUUGUGUUUUCAACUGUAAUACGCUAUAAAAUAAUAAAAAUCAGUGUUCACAUCA